ACGGAGCAAGUCAGACAUGAGACAUAAGAACUCUUCAACGUUUAGUCACCCAGGUUCAGCCUUGAACUAACUGACCCAGAUUUCGGGACGGUCUGACGAGCCUCCAUCUCUUCUUCGCGCUCUGAGAAGGGUUACCAGACAGAACUACCAGGGAAGCCUGGGGUGGGGAGGAGGCGGGGGAGGGUCAAUUUCUGCUCAAGGCUGGGUUUGCUGAGCUACUUUCCCGUCUUUGGCAGUCCGAGCAUUUGACACGGACUUCUUGGGAACAGCAAAGUGAUUUAAAGCCUGAAAGGAGAUGAGCAAUCCUCGAGACUCAGGCAGAAAAAGUCCCAGUGAUACAGGAAGCCAUCUGGUUCCUGAUGCAUAACUAGGCGGCAGAGGCACCUCGCCUGACACGGACCUCACUGUCGCCGCGUCUGCAAGCAGCUGCUGGGGUCCUCACGGGGCUCCCUUUCCUCUCUUCACCCGCUGAUGGAUCCCAAGGGGCUCCUCCUCUGGAACUUCCUGCUGUUUCUCUCCCUGGCUUUUGAGCUGAGCUGUGGAACAGGUGAGAGCUUGUUGAAUUGCCCAGAGAUCCCCGGGCGGUUGGGAAGCAGUUUGCUGCUGUCCCCGGCAUCUGAAGGGAGAAGUAAGAGCACGAGCAAGAGCAUCCACGUCCUCGUCACCAGGGCAGAGUCACCGGGAAACACUGUCAAGAAGAAAAUAGUGUCUCUGGAUCUGCCAGAAGGGGGUUCUCCACGCUAUCUAGAAAAUGGCUAUACAUUUCAUCUGGAAAACCUGAGCCUGGGGAUCCUGGAAAGCAGGAAGGAGAAUGAGGGCUGGUAUUUCAUGAGCCUGGAGGAGAACUUCUCAGUUCGACACUUUUGUCUGCAGCUGAAGCUCUAUGAGCAGGUCUCCACUCCGGAAAUUAAGGUGUUGAACUGGACCCAGGAGAAUGGGACCUGCAGCUUGACGCUGGCCUGCGAAGUGGAGAAGGGGGACUAUGUGGCUUACAGCUGGAGUGAGGAAGGGGCUACCAACCCACUGAUCCCAGACAACAGUUCUCACCUCCUGCACCUGCGCCUCGGCCCUCAGAAUGUCGACGACGUCUACGUCUGCACCGUGAGCAACCCCAUCAGCAGCCGCUCACAGACCUUCACCCCGAAGUCCAAGUGCGGGCCAGAAUCUUUAGAAUCAAGACCAUGGGGACUGUAUGCAGGGCUGUUCUCAGGCGCCAUCGUUGGUGUCAUCUUGAUUCUCGAAGUGGUAAUACUGCUGUUGAGAAGAAGAGGUAAAGCAAAUCAUUACCAGCCAACCAUGGAAGCAAAAAGCCUUACUAUUUAUGCCCAAGUCCAGAAAUCAGGUUCUGUUCACAAGACACCUGAUCCCCUGCCAGCCCAGGACCCCUGCACCACCAUUUAUGUUGCUGCCACAGAACCUGUCCCCGAGCCUGUCCAGGAACCAAAUUCCAUCACAGUCUAUGCCAGCGUGACACUUCCAGAGAGCUGACACCACGGACUCAGUGAAGGGACUUUCUGAAGGAAUAAGGAGGGACCACAAAAACCACUGAACUUGGCUCCAGGUCCCAGGCUCCCCGUGACACCCUGCACAUCUGUACUCUUCUCAGAUCAACUCCUCGGUGACGCUUCUUCCACAGCCACCUGUGGGGUAGACAAGGGACUGAGCUUUCCCAGCACUCAGCCUGCUCCUCGGACCCAAAGGACAAGGGACUGAGCUUUCCCAGCACUCAGCCCGCUCCUCAGACCCACAUGGACAAGGGACUGAGCUUUCCCAGCACUCAGGCUGCUCCUCAGAGCCAGGCCUGGAAGAGAGAGCUCUAGGGAUAGCUUUCCAGCUCUGCGGUGUAGCAGACGGAAAUGGUCACAUGGGCCCAGGGAGCCCAGACCCCCAGGUGUCUUGCUCCUUGCUGGGACUGGACAGUAAGAGCCAAAGGCAGGAAGCUGGGACAUCCAGUACCCCUCUCAGACAGCUGACCACCAGCCACAACGUCUGGAACAUCGUACAUCUUGGCUGCCUGUGCUUUGUCCUGGGAGCUGGCCCCGCUCGACACAGACCUGAUCAAGGCUCUGUGUCUGCCUUUCUAUCUCUGGACGGACAGUGAAGGGUGAACUCCUUUUUAUAUGUGGAACACUCUGAGACUAGUCUAUGAAAGAAGCUAAUAGAGUCAGUAUUUUAUUUGGAAAAUCCAGAAGCUGAAGGGUCAAUAAACUGACCACAUGACUGUGAAGUCUCUGAGCUUUGAAUAAUGGAAGGAAAAUCACCUAAGAUUGUUAAAAAAUUAUAGAAUAUUUAAAUUUAAUAUUAUAUAACAUAUAUAUACUUAUAGAUGUAAUAUUUAAGUAUAAGAAUACUUAAACGUAUUCUGUGCAGAUGGCAUUAGGUUUAAAGAAACGUGACAAGUGUUUGGUGGCAGCGUGACAGAGGAACGCGGCAGAAUCAGAGCUUGUCCCAGGCUGAUCUUUCACUUCUCACAAUGAUCCUCAAACCCCCACUUCUCUGUUUACUCCAUUGAACAACGCCUGCGCAGUCUCAGCUAAAAUGCUCCCACCGUGUUGUGAACCCGUUGACAUCGUGGCCUCACGUCAUCCGGGUCUUUACCAGGCACCUGCACCCCCUUCUCACAUUAAAUGCAUCCUGACGUAGAAAAUUAGCAUAUUGUAACCCAACAGUGUCAGAUAAUUGCAUGCUGAACGACUUAAAUUGCAGGCUGCAGACAGAAAGGGCCUCUUUCAGCAAAGUCCUAUUUUCUUCCCAUUCUCAGCUCUCAGGCGGGCCCGCUUUAAUUGAAGCUCUCACUUAAACUGGUUAAGUACGUCCUUGGAAGACCUUGGUGAACCCCGGUUCGGAAAAUCAGCAGCCCUCUCACAACCAUAUGAUGAGGGCACCGACUUUCCAGCGCAAGGGUGCUGGGGACCAGCUGGGCCACUGUCAUCUUACUGGAGCUAGACCCCGACCCCCGCCCUGCCUCCACCGGACUCGGAAACUCGGUGUCCCUGGCGUGCUGUCUGCACCCAAGUGACCCGUCCGGCGUCCUUCCAGCUCUUCCUUUCCAGUUUCUAAUUCAGAGCGUGGGACUGAGUGGCCACUGCUAGGUCACACAACCAUGUUCUGCCUCCGAGGGAGGCUGGGAGUUGAACGUCUGACUUGUUCCACUUUCACAGUGGUUGGUGAGUUCUGCGUCUUACGACUUAGGGAAUUCCGCAGACACGAGCAAGUGAGAUUCAAUGCUGAGCAGGCCAAAAAAAAAAAAAAAAAGUUCCCUACACCAGCCUCGGAUUCGCCUGGGCUCCUUCGCUGUCUGUUCUCAGAACCCGAGGAAGCUACUGUCUAGGAUUCGUGAACCCCGGGGUUAUGAGCCCUCAGUCCCUCAGCACAACGCAGAUUGUCCCAACGGCUCAGUUCUCAACACUUGGGCUUUUCCCGUGGCCGAAUUCUGCCCGACGGAAGGAAGGAAAGAAAGGGGAGAAGCAGCAGCUCCCCCCUCAAAGUUCCCUGGCCGAGGCUCGAGGCCUCACUGAGGAGGACGGCGGUGCCUUGCGGACUUCCAGGCUGCCCUUCAAGUGACAUUUGAGGCCUGGUUCUGCACCAUCAGGCUCCAAGUUCAAGUGGGAAAGCCCACAGCCCUCCGCUCACACCUUCCCCCGAGGCUCGGCUGGUGGGACUAGAGCCUUCCUUUUCCUCAGGCCUGAAAAAUGAAACUGAUACCCCGGAGCCCAGUUUCCCCGCGUUUCUUUUCUAAUGUUUUCUUUUGACUGAGCGUGUCUGAAUUCUAGAGAACUCAAGAGGAACCGACCCUUCUCGGUUUUAAGGGGCUGGUGCUCCGAAGUGCCACCGGGUGUAGUCCCAAGCCUCUCGAGGACACCCACUCUGCUCAGAGCCCCCGACGUGGCUGGUGAGCGGCGCGCAGGCGGCCUCCAGAACCACUCAUGACAGUCAGUUACAUCCCCUGGGUUUUUGUUUCUACCUCCUGGAAAUGAAUAAAAUUCGGACAGUCCAUCAAGGAA